GCCGGGGCCGCCACCGCCGCCGCCUCCGCAGCUGUAGGAAACCGGCGCGGGUGCGCAGGGGAAAGGCGCUCUUUCCCUGCUGAAAGUUCCCUUGGAAAAGCUACCAUCUCCCCAGCCCACCAUGGCGGAUGAAAUUGAUUUCACUUCUGGAGAUGCUGGGGCUUCCAGCACUUACCCUAUGCAGUGCUCAGCCCUGCGCAAAAACGGGUUCGUGGUGCUCAAAGGACGACCAUGCAAAAUAGUGGAGAUGUCAACUUCCAAAACUGGAAAGCACGGUCAUGCCAAGGUUCACCUUGUUGGAAUUGAUAUUUUCACGGGCAAAAAAUAUGAAGAUAUUUGCCCUUCUACUCACAACAUGGAUGUCCCAAAUAUUAAGAGAAAUGAUUAUCAACUGAUAUGCAUUCAGGAUGGUUACCUUUCCCUGCUGACAGAAACUGGUGAAGUUCGUGAAGAUCUUAAGCUGCCAGAGGGUGAGCUAGGUAAAGAAAUAGAAGGAAAGUACAAUGCAGGUGAAGAUGUACAGGUGUCUGUCAUGUGUGCAAUGAGUGAAGAAUAUGCUGUAGCCAUAAAGCCCUGCAAAUAAAUGGGAACAUCAGGCAUGAGCAGACUUUAGGUCUGGGUCAACUGCAGAUCUAAAGUUUGGUUCUAAGUUGUCACCAAAGCUAUGGCCUUCAUAAGCAAACCUCAUUUCUUUUUUAAUUGUUUUGAAAUUGUGCUGAGUUAGUUUUGCAGGCAAUUAGUAAUUUAAAAAAAUAAUCAAGAUGUAUAAUUCCUUUUUUUAAUUUUGUAGAUGUCUUUCCUGUAACAUUCCUGUGGUUUUCAGGAUGUGAGUCCAAAAAACAGAUAAGAUAGCUUCAGCAGAUGUGAUUUGUCUGAGCAAAUCAUUCCUGAAUUUUAGUUAAAGGAUAAAUAAACCAGGGUUUUGAAUCAAGCAAUGUAGCAUCUAGUGGUAUUGAAGUACCACAUUUAAGUUGAAUAGCUCUGCGUUAGUUUCAGACUUGGUAGAUUAUGGAUUGGAAUUGUCACAGUUUCAGCCUGUGUGUGGCAAGCACAAAUCUUUAAACAAAAAUCAUGUUGUCAAAAAGUGUCAGUUAUCUUAGUAGCCGUGUGCAGCCACGUGUAUUACCUCGGUCAUCCUAUUCUUUGCCAAAUUGUUGGCAGACUUAAUGUAACCUUAUAUAUGGUGAUUUUGGUACCUGCUUGUGGUUGACAGAGACGCUUUGAACUGUUGGGUGACUAUUAGCGAGUCAGGUUGUGAAGAAUACACAAGGGACAGUGGUAAAGAGAGUUAGUUAAAGCUAUAGGUUUCUAUUUGAGGCCUUUGUAAUCAGCAUAAAAAUAGGAAGCUUCUUUCUAGUUGUGUUUUUGCUUUUUACUUUUGUUCUCUCUCUGUAUUUAAAGGAGUGACCUGCUUUACAGGAUACUAUGCAGUGCUUUUUAUCAAUUAUGUUGAAAAAAUGUUGGUAUUUAUAGUAUUCACGCCUUUCCAACCAUUUUUAAGUAGAUAUUUUGACAUUAAUAUAUUUGUCAGACAAAAACUGGAAAUUCUUACUUUAAAUUGAUUUGGAACAUUUGUUAAAUUUAUGUGCAUUUUUUUCUAAAGUGAAAUGAAAAUGAAUCAUGGAAGAAAAGUUACUUUAUAUGAUAAUUAUUAAGAAGUAUAUGUAUUUUUUUUCUGAUUAUGUACUUAUCAGUUACUGGUGUGAAAUAUAACUAGAAAAGAAUUCUAUAAACUGAAUUAUUUUAAACAGUGUUAUAGGUGACAUUUCUGCCACAUUUCUAUUCAGUGUUUUGGAUCAUAUGUAUCUUAUUUCCAGAAUUCUAGACAUUAUACUUCCAUUUCUGCAUAGAUUACAUCAUGUUCACCACCCAAAGACUAAUUACAAUCCAUCACCACACACAUGUGCUUAAUCAUCUCUUUCGCCCUCCUCCCUCCCCUCUUCCCCUCUGGUAACCACCAAUCCAAUCUCUGUCUCUAUGUGUUAUGUUUUUUGUUGUUUUUAUCUUCCACUUAUGAGUGAGAUCAUAUGGUAUUUGACUUUCUCCCUCUGACUUAUUUCGUGUAACAUAAUACCCUCAAGGUCCUUGACUUCUGAGAGGCCUUUGUUCCUUUCAUCUAUGAUACUGUAACUGAUCUAAUCGGUAACUGGAAAUAGCAUGAGGAACAGAAGAUGCCAAAGUUUUAGUUACUUAAUUGGUGCACACUUUUAAAUCUUGUAUUGGCCUCGGCAAAACCAUUUGGAGAAGAAGCAAGAUACUUUAAGAGAAAUGCAAGUAGAAUUCUAAAGCACAAGACAUGUUGAGGUUGUAGUUAAUCAUUUUUAGUUUAACAUUUUAGCUUUUGCCCAUCUAAAGCACAAUUAGGAAUUAGGCUAAAUUCUUUCCAAUAUUCCAUUUAAGUCUCUACUGCUUUAGAGUUUGAGUACUCUGUAAUGUGUAUCUUACUUGUUACUGGCUGGCAUUGUUACCCACAGGACUUACAGAAAGUCCUCAAUCCGUGCUGCUUGCUGGUCAUUCAUAUGACCCCAUUUAACCAAACUAGUGUGCUGGUUUAGUGUUAAUUCUGGAUUAGCAUGCCUUUGUUCUUCCUAACUUGUCGAACUUCACGUAAAUACAUUUUCAAUUGUGAGGUAAGCAUAUAUAAAUCAUAAUAGUGCAUCUUUUUCUUCAUACCUUCGAUAGCAAAACCUAUUUAUGCACAAAUAUUUCAUUUUAAGUACUAUAAUGAAGUGUAAAUACUCUUCUGACAUAUAAGUAUAGAUUUUAAAGAUAUGGGACUGUUUAUUUUCACAUAAGUCAAUACAUGUUUCUCUAGAACAAAUAUUUCAUUUAGUAAAGCUUUGUAAAUUGUGUUAAAAGGAAGCAGGGAAACAUAUUUUUUAACAUAGAACAGAAGUGACUUCAUUCUUUUUUGACAUCAGAAAUGUUAAAAGUUGAUUCCUAGUUUUUGUUGUACUUUUUUGUAGCAAAUGUUAAAUAUCACAAGUUGCCAAAUGUAGGAUGUAGGCUGCCAUGUUGGUAGAUUAUACAGUGAUAUACCAUUUUUGUCAGCAGGCAUUUCACCAAUUUAUACACAAUACUGUAUUAACAAGUGGAAUAUUUGUUUGUUUCUAGAACAACAUGUUUUAUUUCUACUGUGAAGACUUUGUUAUACCUUAUUUCCUACCAAGUUGUAUACCCUCUGAAAUUGGUCAAAUCAUUGCUGCUUUAACUUAGCAUUUGCAUCAUAAACAUACUUAUGAUGUUUCUUUCAUGCUCCCCUCCAAGGGCUGUCAGUCACUUGAAAUUGUUGCUAACCAAGCUCUUGAAUCCAGUUGCAUUUAUGGUACAAAAUUCUGUGCCAAUGCUUUAUAACAGUUACCAAAACAGUCCUGCAGCCAGAGCAUGAUAUCUUGAAGAGAUGCUGCAAUAAAAUGUUCAGGCUAUAAAAUUGGGGGACACAGUUUUUCAUUCUAGCACAACGUGACUGUGUGCAUGUACACACGUAGCUUUGGAUGUUUGUUCUUUUUACAAAGUCCUUCCAACUCUUAAAAGUACUGUAGUUUGGUAGUGCCUCAAAUGUUGGUAAUGUUUUUUUUUAAUUUACAACUUUUCCAGAAUUUGUUUUUGUACUUUAAAGUUUCUCAAUUAGAUUAUUUCUAGUUGAGCUGUAAUUUGAAUGCAUUGUUCUCAGGGCUGUUUCUGCUAAGAGCUAAGAAGUUUCAUUAUUUUAAAGCUAACUGCCUGAAAGUAUAUUGCAAAAUUUUCCCAAAUUGUAAUACAGUGAUACAUAUAAAUAAAAAAUCCUUAAUAUCAACAUACUUAAGUCAUAUGCUAAGUAUUCAGGAAAAAAAUGGGAACAUUGGUAACAUCUGUACUGGAAUCUUGCCAUAUUUUUUUCAUUUUAGAAUAGAAUUUGGUAGUCUUAUCUUAGAAGCCUAUCCUUGAUGAUAUAUCUGAAAGCAUUCCUUUGGCAUAGACCCCAAAGAUAGUUUCAGAGCCAGACAUUGAUGUAGUGAUUCUCAAACAUACUUAGGGACAACAGAUGGAAAAUUCAUAAUGCUCUUUUGGUUUCAUUAAAAUGUUUACAUAUUGAGUUCUAUAAUAUGAGCUAGGAACAAAUUUACUGUGAGUAUAACAGCAAACCAUAAGUAUACUUCCAUAAACAGUAUAUUAUAUGGAACUGAUCAACAGUUUAAAAUUUUCUAAUAUCGUUUAGGCAUAAUAUUUCAUAGUUUUCUUUUUUUCUCCUAGCAUUCAAACAAGUGAUAGGCAACAAAAGCUUAAGAAAAAUUUAUUGUGGAAAACCUUAAAAUUGAGAAAAUUCAAUCUACUAACUUUAUUAAAUUGUUUUUCUCUGAAUUGGGUAUAUGGGCAUCAUUAUUUGAUUUUAGCAGGGAACAUUUGGAUUUAGCUUACAGAACACAGAUGUUCUAUGGGAACAUGGCUUGAAGUCACUAUAUAAUUUAAUGUUUUUCCAUUAAAUAAACAUCUGAACAUCAACUUAACUACCAUGUGAGGUCAAGUGCCUGAAAAGUGCUGUAUCCAUCUAAUUAGCACGUUUUCCAUGUGUGAAAGAUGUGUCUUAUACCAACACAUAUUAGGUGUUCACCUGCUAGAAACAUACUUGUUGCCAAACUUUACCAUCCACCACUAUUCCUCUCUCCUUAGAUCAGGUUGAAACCUAUUUUACAACUGAAAGAAAGGUUCUUUUAUUUCUAUAAAGUUCCUAAAACUAUUUCUUGGUAAUGGUAGACUUAGGUUUAUCUUAGUUCAAGAUUGCACUUUAUAAAAACUCUAGACACCAAACUAUUUUCAGUGAUGACUGUACAGCUUGUCAUAAGUCAUAGUUGUGAUCUUUCUUGAGAGGAAUUCUUUAUUGUGGUUAAUAUCUAUAAAUAAGCACUCUUGUGCUUGUUACAAACUAUGAUGCAAAUUACUAGUUCUAUAAUACUAUAAUGAAAAUGACUAGUUCUAUACUAUUAUGUACUUUUGUCCUCUUCUCCAAAAAGGAAAUAGUUGAAAUGGCAUUGUCUAAUCCAGUGGCACUUUAUUAAUAAUACAUUUUAUGUGUCUUAGGUAUAGGAGAACUCUUGCUUUUACCUGCAGACUCAUGUUUUAGCUGAAACGUUAAAAUUGUAAGAUAUGUAGUAUGGGUACAUAUAAUUGUGCAUUUUACAUUUCAAAAAUGGGUAAAAUUCAAAUGUUAAGUUUUUGGCUAUACUAAAAUAAUUAUUGAAAUCCUUUAAAAUGUAAAUGGUAAACAUCAAUUAUAAUGUUUUUGUUACAUUAAAAUAUAUUUGUUGAUUUCAUCAAUUAUGUUAAAAAUAAAGUUAAUUUAACAGCUUGCACUA